CGGGCGCGCGCCCUCGCCGCUUUGGAUGGAAGGAUCGAGGUCGGCGGAGACGGCGGCCAGUAGAUCCUGAGGCUAGAGCCCCUCCCCGGCCCCGCACGCGCGACAUGCCGCGGGAGAGGUGCCGCGCCCCUGGCCCGCGUCCCCGCCAUGGAGGUGCUGCGGCGCUCCUCGGUCUUCGCGGCGGAGAUCAUGGACGCCUUUGACCGCUCGCCCACCGACAAGGAGCUGGUGGCCCAGGCCAAGGCGCUCGGCCGGGAGUUCGUGCACGCGCGGCUGCUGCGCGCCGGCCUCGCCUGGAGCGCGCCGGAGCGCGCCGCGCCUGUCCCCGGAGGCCGCCUGGCGGAGGUGUGCGCCGUGCUGCUGCGCCUGGGGGACGAGCUGGAGCUGAUCCGGCCCAGCGUCUACCGCAACGUGGCUCGCCAGCUGAACAUCUCCCUGCAGUCUGAAACCGUGGUGACCGACGCCUUCCUGGCUGUGGCGUCUCAGAUCUUCUCUGGAGGGCCCCUCCUUGGAACCCUGCUGGGCUCUCUGUUGUCCGUAGACCUCCAUAGACCUCAUCUCCCCACCUGUGACCUCAUGUCGUGUCCUCGUACCUGCGCUCUGAUGAUUGGGACAGCGGCAGAGUUAGGGUUGGGGGCACCAGAGGGAGCCACGGUGCCCAGCCCCUACAGAUGUAGCCCACACUCUGCAGGGGAACACCUGCCCCCACUGUAGGGGAAAGGAGAUGGAGUAGAGGGGCUGUCUCACCCCAUCAGAGGUGGACCCCUGGCCCAGCUCAUGUCUAGCCGCACUGACCGCACCCUUCUGGGGUGACUACAUGUUGACCUCUAGUGUCCCCGAGGAGGCCCCACCGACUCCUGGUGGAUACAGUGGGGACAUGGGACGACCCUCUGUAGAAGCCGGCCUUCUCUAGGGCCGCCACCAGUCAGCACUGACCCCCCAGGCAGAAGUCAGCAAGGCUAGGACAUCGUGACAGGGGUGCCUGGGUGGGCUGGUGGGAGGGCCAGCUUCCUUCAGAGUGCUCUAACAGUCCUGACCUGGGUCCUCGGGGGAACCAUGAGGGUGACCUGGGAAGGCGCCUCGAGGAGGCAGCAGGCGGGGCCCAGGAAGGCUGUGGGGUGCAGCGUCCUUGGAGGCUGGUGACCACCUUCAGCCCUGCUCGGGCUCCUGUGUCGGGCUGUGCGUGGGUGGCCGCCCUGCGUCUGUCUCGGGGCUGUUGGGCGGCUGGUUUACGAGCCGAGUGCCGAGCGGAGGUCUGGCUUUAAAAGGAAGGCUUAUCUCUGAGAAUGCAGCUCUGGCCUGCUGGUGGUUGGGACUGAGCUGGGAGGCCCCGCUAGGUCCCCGGGUGGUGGCUGGUAUGUGGGCAGGAGACAGAGGACAGGGGGCCCAACACAGAGGACCCAUUCCAUCUGCCUGGCCUUGCUCAGUGCGGUACAGGCCCGAGAGGUUCAGAAAGGCUCUGGGAGGACGAGGGAAGGCCUUGGGACGGGGGAGGGGUGGGAUUGAUGGACACAGGCCACCAGCAGCUCGAUCCACCUGUGGAGUUCAGUUAAAGUCUCGUGAUUUUCAUUUGAGACGGGGCAGAAUAUACCCCUUCACGUUCAAGUGCCCCUAGCCACUCAGCACCCGCAGGGCCGGCUCCCGCCCCUUUCUUCUGGCAGCCUUCACAACUGCGCCCACCCCUGUGGGGCUCUGGGGCAGCUGCUCCCUCAUUGGCUGUGUGACCUGCAGCUGGUUUCUUAACAUCUCUGAACCUAGAGCCACCUGAAAAGGGAGCAGAAGUGGGCUCCGUGGAGCGUGGGUUUGCAGAUCCGCCCGCUCUGCUGCGACCUGGCUUUCGUGCCCCUCGCCAGCUGUGGCUGCCGCGCCCACCCUCCCGUUUGCUGCCGGGCCUCCCCUUUGCCCCUCGUCCACUCCCCUUUCUCUACAGGGUCAGCCCCAGCCGUAAGGCACUCGCCAGCCUUGGUCCCGGUCUUCCCGCGGCCCCUCCCAGGUGGCCUGGCCUGGCACACACUGACCCUCACGCGGCACCUUGCGCGCCCUCUUCCUCCUGGCAGCCCCCCCUGGGGUGCGGGCAGUGCGGGCAGUGCCUGAGUCAGGGCUCUGGCUGGUGACGGGGGCAGCUUGAGGACCACAGGGCAGGGGUCUGCGGAGGCGUCUCGGAGCGGCGGGGCUCCCGUCGGAGGCAGUGGCCACCAGCGCUGCUCCUGGCAGCGUUGGCCCUUUGGCUGCUCAGCUCCCUUCAGGGGAAACCCUGAUUUUUCCCUCCCUGAUUAAAAGUUGGCAGGAGUUUUGUUUUUUUCUUCUUAUUACAAGAGCAAAAUAUUUUACCACAGAAAGAUCAGAAAAUGCAAAAGAUAAACAACUCUUAGAAACCAAUACUAAAAAUGAGCAAAGGAUCAGAAUAGACGUUUCUCCAAGAAAGAUGUGCAGCUGGCCAGAAGCCCACGAGGGUGACGCACAUGAGAACCAACGCGGACCCCCCAGCGUGGCGGGAAUCAGCCAGAUGAGCACGAGCGCGGGUGAGGACGUGAACGUCCGACCCCCGUGUGGCACGGCUGCCGGGAACACGGCUGGACUCGGAUGGAGCUCCCACCCCCGGACUCUGCCGUGAGAAGUGAGCUCUCGGGGCACGCAGACUGCUACGCCAAUGUUCAGAGCGCGUCCCAAAGAACAGCCGCGACGUGCAGACAACCCAGGCGUCCGUCACCCGAUGUCACCCGAUGAACGGAGGAGCAAGAUGUGGUGUCUUCACACGGCGGACCCUCCCGCCGCCAUAGGAGGACGGAAAUGCUGACGCCCGCGACCACGCGGCUGGGCCUUGCGGACACUGUGCCCCGUGCAAGGAGCCGGACCCAACACCUAGAAGAGGGACAUGAGUGGUUGCCGGGCUAGCGGUGGGGGCUGAGCCAGAGCUGGGAACACACGAAAUGCCACCGUAAUUUACGGUAAUUUAUUACCAAUUUAUGGUAACGAGAGAAUAUCUCUGUGAGAAAUAAAACACCCAGACCCCAAGACCCCGCCCCCUGGAGAGCACGCGUGCCGGCGCCUUCCAGACCUUCGCGUGCUGCUGCGCUCUCCCGUGGCCGUGCGGCCUCCCUCCGGCGGCGGCGCAGGACGGGUGCUCACCUUGAGGAGCUCGGUGCGAGACCACUGUCACCACGACCUGGGGCCCUGAUGGCCCGGCCCGUGGCCGUGGGGAUAGCGAGCGCAGGACCUGGGUGGCGGGACUGGGGCCUCGGGGGGCCAGGGGCUCAGGUGAGAUUUCAGACCUGGAUUUUUUUCUUAAGUGAGCUCUAACCCAACGUGGGGCUCGAACUCACACUUCCGAGGUCAGCGGUCACAGCUCCACCGACAGCCAGCCGGGCGGGGGCUCCGCAACUUGGAUUUAUUUUGAAAGAGAUGGAAAGUAACAGUAACGGAAGGGUUUUAGGCAGGAACGUGAUCGGGUGCACUGACAGAGCUGUGAUCCGUCCUCCCCACCCCCCCCGUUUCUCAUCGCCACGCAAGGACACCCAGAGCCCACUCGGCCCUCACUCUGCACCCCUCCCCCGGCGCCCGGCAACCCCUGCCCCCUUUCUGUCUCCCUGGAUUUAACCGUCUGGACGGUUCACGUAGAUGGACCCACACGGCAUAUGUGGCCUUUCGGGUCUGCUGCUUCCACUGAGCAUGGUGUUUCCAAGCCUCCCCACCCCCCCUGCCGUGGCAGGUGUCAGGGCUCCAGCCCUUUCCAUGGUAGGGAUGCACGGCCCUUUGCUUUGCCGUCCUCCGUUGAUGGGUGUUUGGUCGCUUCCACCUUUUGGCGACGGUGAGCGGGGCCGCCAUGAACAUUCAAGAGCCAGGGUGUAUGGUGCUGAUGGAGCCUUCUGGAACAGCGUGCCCUGGCCGCUGCGCGCAGGUGUGCCGUCUGCCACCGCCUCCGCAGGCUCCCGUCCUGCCAGGACCGAGGCGGCGUGUGCGGGUCGUGCACGCCGUGGCCUUGCCCGGAGCCUGCAGGCGCCCUCCGGCUGUUUGUCCCCGUGGCCCCUGAGGGGCAGCCCACACUGACAUGUGCAGCUCUGAUCUGACAGAUUGCAAUCUCUGUCCUGGUUUCUCUGGUUAUUUGUGGGGCAGACAUUUUACAUUUUUCAGAUGUUUGAUGCAUUUGUAGUUGCUCUUCUGUGAAGCACCCGUUUCAUCUGGUUUCUCUUUGUUCUUGCCGACUUGUGAACUCUCCUUAUACGCGAAGGAAGCCCACGGCCGGGCUUUGGCGGGCAUGCUUCCCCGCGCUGUCCUUCGGGGCCUCUUCCCACCAGCGGGCUGCGUCACAGUUCUGCUCCCCAGCAGCUCCGUGGUCUGGGGAAGGUCGUGCCACUCACGGGCCUCAGCUUUUUCACGUAGACAACGUCCUGGUGGCCUCGCAUGGCCAUUCAGAACAGACAGGCCAGGGGCAGGCGCGCCUUGAAGCCGCUCCCUGGACAGUGUGUGGCUCCAGGUCAGUUAGUCACCCCACCCCUGGCCUCAGUUUCCUCCUUCCUGAACGGCCUUGCUGUCCUCACCUCUGGGGGAUGGCGGGCUGGGCGAGGUUGGCCUGGGCUCUGGCACAGGUGAGCAGGUGUAUGAUGGAGGCUUGGGAAAUCUCCACCUAAGAGCUGCCCGUGAGGGCGGCAGGACUGCCCCGCAGUGGGAGGGGGGGCUCGCGCCCCGCAGUCGGCUGGCGCCUGUGCAGGCGGGGAGGGGCGGGGAGGGGCCGUUGUCAGUGGAAUGGUGGGGGAGGUGGCUCCGAGUGUCAGCCUUCAUGUGACCUGAGGGCUGGACUGGAGCCAGGGCUGUGGCGGCCUUCUGCUG